AUGGUAAUAGAAGGUAAAAGGAGGGCGGAUGACCAGGCCUUGGUGCCGGUCACGAAAAAAUCCCGCAAUGAAGUUGCCGUCAGCAAUAAAAAUAAGUCCGUAUUGCAAGCUGCCCCAGCUAGGACUUCCAACCUAUUCGCGCCCAUUAUGCAGUUGGAGGGUCACGAGGGGGAGGUUUUUACGGUGAAAUUUCACCCUGAGGGUCAAUAUUUAGCUUCCAGUGGGUUCGAUAGAAAAAUAUUUUUAUGGAGCGUUUACGGCGAGUGUGAGAAUAUUUCCGUUAUGACUGGGCACACGGGAGCUGUGAUGGAGAUGCACUUUACCCCAGAUGGUAGUAAUAUAUUUACUGCCAGUACUGAUUAUACUUUGGGGUUAUGGGAUAUUGUAACGAGUCAGAGGGUGAAGAAAUAUAAAGGGCACAGCACUUUUGUGAACUCUGUACAUGGGGCAAGACGUGGGCCGCAAUUGAUGGUCUCAGGGGGGGAUGACAGUACAAUUCGGCUAUGGGACACGAGAAAAAAACAAUGCACUUCGACUCUAAUCACAGACUACCAAGUUACAGCUGUUUCCUUCAAUGAUACAGCAGAACAAAUAUUUAGUGGUGGAAUCGAUAAUGACAUUAGAGUGUGGGAUACAAGAAAGAACGAAUAUUUGUACUCCCUUAAAGGCCACACAGACACAAUAACAAGUCUUGCUUUAUCGGCUGAUGGUUCAUAUUUGUUAAGUAACUCGAUGGAUAACUCGUUGAGAAUAUGGGACAUACGCCCGUUUGCGCCGCAAGAGCGUUGCGUAAAAAUGUUCAGUGGUCAUCAACAUAAUUUUGAGAAGAAUUUGAUUAAGUGUAAUUGGUCUCCGGACGGUUCAAGAAUUAUUGCGGGUUCUGCGGAUAGAUUUGUGUAUGUAUGGGAUACCACAACCCGUAGGAUUUUAUAUAAACUUCCAGGACACAAUGGGACCGUCAAUGAUGGUUGUUUUCAUCCCCAUGAACCCAUAAUUGUUUCAGGGGCCAGCGAUAAGCAGUUGUAUUUAGGUGAAAUUGAUUAA